AUGCCUAAAAUCUGCACCCAACAGUCCUACCCUUCAGAGCUAUCAGCCCAGACUCCAGACGACAAUGUGGAGUGGAUAGAAAGAGGAGACAGCAGGUUAGACUACAUGACAGAAACCCCCCAUGACAAGGACUUCACUGGUACUGGAGCCAUGGCCAGGCUCGCCCGUGUGGUCCACAUGUUGGGACGCUGGGCCACUCGGCGUGUGGGACAUGAAGAUGAACAGGACCAUUGCCCAGAACGUUCCUGGGGUCCAGAUAAAGAGACCUGCGAUACUUUGGCAUGCCAGGAUCAGCUCCGACGCAGGAAUGUUUCAAGCCAUGUUGACCACUGGCCUCUUGCCACUCUUAAUAUGAAUAACUGUAACAACACAGACGACAAAAAAGAUGAUAAGGGUGUGAUGAAGAAAGAUGAGAAAAAAGAAGAAAAAAAGGAUGACAAGAAGGAAGAACAGAAAAAAGAUGACAAGAAAGAUGAGAAGAAGGAUGAGAAGAAGGAUGAAAAGAAAGACGAUAAGAAAGAUGAUAAAAAGGAUGACAAAAAGAAAGAGGAACCACCAAAAGAAGUAUGGAUCAUGGAUCCUGCCACAGACAUGUACUACCAUUGGUUAACUAUUGUAGCUGGACCAACAUUUUACAACCUUAUGAUGCUUAUAACCAGAGCCUGUUUCAAUGAGCUGCAGGACAGUUUUACCAUUCUAUGGAUCAUCCUUGACUACACAUCAGAUGUUAUCUACUACACUGACACGUUUGUGAGAUCAAGGACAGGAUUCUUGGAACAAGGCUUGCUAGUGAAAGAUCCAAAGAAACUGAGAGAACACUAUACGAAGACACAACAGUUCAAAUAUGACCUAAUAGCCAUGAUUCCUACAGAUAUUAUAAUGUUAAAAGUGGGAUACAACAACCCAGAACUGAGAUUCAACCGUCUAUUCAAAAUGUCUCGCCUCUUCGAAUUUUUCGACCGCACAGAAACCAGAACCAAUUUCCCAAAUAUCUUCAGGAUCAGCAAUCUCGUACUCUACAUCUUGAUCAUCAUCCACUGGAACGCUUGUAUCUUCUUUGCCAUUUCCAAAACGCUUGGAUUUGGUUCAGACACAUGGGUGUAUCCAAACAUUAGUGAUCCUGAGUAUGGCCGUCUGGCCAGGAAAUACAUCUACUGUCUAUACUGGUCAACACUAACCCUCACCACCAUCGGAGAAACUCCACCUCCAGUCAGAGAUAUUGAGUAUUUGUUUGUGGUUGCAGAUUUCCUUAUCGGAGUGCUCAUAUUUGCCACAAUCGUAGGUAACGUCGGUGCCAUGAUUUCCAACAUGAACGCUUCACGUGCCGAAUUCCAGGCGAAGAUCGACUCCAUCAAGCAGUACAUGCAGUUCCGUAAGGUCACCAAAGACCUGGAGGCCAGGGUCGUCAAGUGGUUUGAUUACCUGUGGACCGAGCAGAAGACCUGCGACGAGAAGGAAGUGUUGAAGAACCUGCCUGACAAGCUGAAGGCCGAGAUUGCCAUCAAUGUGCAUCUGGAAACCUUGCGGAAAGUGAGAAUCUUCCAAGAUUGCGAAGCUGGGCUGCUCAUCGAGCUGGUGCUCAAGCUACAGCCGCAAGUUUUUAGCCCAGGGGACUACAUCUGCAAGAAGGGCGACAUCGGCCGAGAGAUGUAUAUAAUCAAGGAAGGGAAACUAGCUGUUGUGGCUGAUGAUGGAGUCACCCAGUUUGUGGUUCUAAGCGAUGGUGCCUACUUUGGUGAGAUCAGUAUCCUGGGCAUCAAGGGCAGUAAAGCCGGCAACCGUAGGACCGCCAACAUCCGGAGUGUGGGUUACUCAGACCUCUUCGCCCUGUCCAAGGACGACCUGAUGGAAGCGCUCACUGAGUAUCCGGAAGCCAAGAAAGCUCUAGAAGAGAAGGGGAGGGCCAUCCUGAUGAAGGAUAACCUCAUCGAUGAGUCGGUUGCAAAUGCGGGCGCUGACCCCAAAGAUCUGGAGGAGAAGGUCACCGUGAUGGAGACGAACCUGGAGGUGAUGCAGACCAAAUUUGCCCGUUUGAUGGCAGAAUGGGCAUCAAGUCAAACAAAAAUAAAGCAGAGGAUCAGCAAUAUGGAGGCACGAGUUAAAACACUCAGGGCUGAUGAUCUUUCUGAGGUAGUGGAGGAGAAGAAGGACAAAUAG